AUGGGUGCAGAGUGGCAAGGGAGGGCCCCUAUCUCACAUCUUUUCUUUGCUGACGAUAGUUUACUAUUCUUUAAAGCAAAUAUCCAGGAGGCUAGUGUGGUGAAACAAUGUUUAGCAAGGUAUGAGAAGUUAUCUGGUCAACUGGUGAAUUAUUACAAGUCAAAUAUUUGCUUUAGCAGGAAUACUUUGGAAAAUGUGAGGGAAGAGGUGGCGUGGUGUUUGGGUGUAGAACAGGCACAGAAUUUUGGAAAAUAUUUGGGACUACCUUCAUUUAUAAGGAGGAAUAAAAUGGUUGUUUUCUCAUAUGUGGAGGACAAAAUCAGACAGAGAGUUAGCUCUUGGAAUAAGAAACUGUUAUCGCAGGCUGAGAACCAUGAACAGAUAUUAGUGGGGGAAAGGCACAGACAGAGGAAUUCAUUGGAAAGCAUGAGACAUGUUAUGUAUCCUUAA